CGGAGAAACGAGAACAUCAGAUCGUCAGAUGAAUGCAACUUGUUAAAAAUAUACUAGCGUGUUAUGAGAUAGGAUCCGAGGCGUGAUCCGGUUUGGUUAUGUUAAUGCAAAUUUUGUCAUCAAUUAUGUGAAACGUUGGUCUAAGGUUUUGGCAAUGGACUUAUCAUCACGCAAUCGCAUAAUUUGGACGGUCGCGUGUGCAGCAAUUAUUAUAAUCUGAACUGACUGCUUCAUAAAUUCAAUUUGGUUAAAAAUUAUGCUUGUCCUGGAAUUGAGACCGUUUUAAAAUAUUCAGGGGUCUUUGAACCAAAGAGAAUGAAUGCAGACUGCGUUUUCAUUUAAGAAAUGACAAUUCGAUCUUGUCAAAACUGUUAUGAAAAUCUGAUAAGUUUGUAUGAAAUACAAUGGCCAAAAGGUUUACGAAGCCUGCCAUAAACUGGGUAGAACUUGAAAAGAGAGUUCCUCCAGAACAGAAAACUAAUUUCUUUGCUUUUAAAGGUAAAGUCGACUCGUACUUGCGAAGAGUACUGGCAAACCCGCCUGAGCCUCCGAAAAUAAACUGGGAUGAAUAUCAGAAAUCAGUACCAAUACCGGGGCUUGUUGACAAAUUCAAGAAAGAAUACGAAGCCUUCAAAGUGCCUUUUCCUCAGGACACGCUAACAUCAAAAGUUGAGGAACAGUGGAAAGAACUAGAACCCCAGAUCAAGGCCUUCUGUGCGAAUUUGCAAAAAGAAAUCGAAGCAUCGCAAAAAGAGUUGCAAAGAAUUAAAUCACUUCCAAAAUUCGAAGAGAUGACAAUGGAGAUGUUUUACGAGCUAUACCCUGAUCAAGCUCUCGAUCCGGUAAAUAAGCCUACAUUUUGGCCGCACACUCCCGAGGAACAAGGUGUGUCUCCUGAGAAAACUUCAACGAAAGGGGGACAUUGAUGGUGACAUUCAACAAACUAAAAUAAAAUUUACAUAAUUUCA